AUGCCCACAUCGAUCAACCCUGGGAAGGUCAUUGUUACUCGCUCAGAUCGCAAAACAAUCGAACAGUGGUACGGUACAAGCACACAAACAGCAUGGCGAGCUGUCAUAUCACGAAGUGCGAGCUAUCAGCCUACGUCUGACCGUGUCGGAUACAUGAUUCAGUUCAAAAGCACGAUUGGUGAAUGCCUACGACCCGUACAGCCACCGUUUCCGUCUCUCGAUGUCACUGGAAAUUCCAUCGACCACUCGAACUACGUUCGACCUUGGCAGAGAAGUCAUCUACUGUUGUGCAAGACCAGUCCGGGAGGCACGUCGAGAUGCCAAUAUCCCGGGCUGCCGGGAUGCAACGCCGUUGUCAGCACUGUGUCACAGCACUUGCAGCUUGCUGCCAGUACUAGCGAUGUGUUUACCAUUGGCCAGCACAACUUGUGUCUCUGGCAAAAUGAGAAGCUCGCGAGUGGUCAAGGCGGCAAGAAAGCAGAAGCUCGAGUGCUCCACAGUGCAUACGGCUUUCAUACGUACAGCACAGGAUCUUCAGUCCAUCUACCAAAGACGAUGGUGGCCAACUACCCGAUCGAGAAGGAGCUGGAUUUGAGACGCAUUCGUAAUUGCUUGGGCCACCUUUGCAAGACACGCAUAUGCUUGCCUCGAGCAUUCACUCGUCCACUUCACUUCGGGCCGUAA